ACGCAGAUGUCGUUAAGAUCAUGCAAGAUCAUGUGGAACCCAAGCCUUCGUUUAUGGCCGAGAGGUAUCGUUUCCGGCUGCGGCGUCAGGGCGAAGAGGAAACCGUGGCUCAAUACCUCACGGAGCUCAAGAAAUUGUCCAAACAUUGCGAGUUUGAUACGUCAUUAGAGGACAAUCUCCGUGAUCAGUUUACGUGUGGAUUAAAAAACGACACUAUCAAACAACGCCUUUUUGCCGAGAAAAGUUUGACCUAUUCAAAAGCGGUAAGCCUUGCGCUCUCGUUGGAAGCGGCGGAGAGGGACGCAGCGACUGUAGAACGCCCAAGUGCGAGCGAGAGCAACGUUGCCAGAUCGGACAUGGCGGCCGUAAAUUCAAUCACACCGGGACCACGUGGCGGAAAUAGAGGCAAUAACCGACAGAAUAACAGUACCAGCACCAGCAAUAUGCCUAACAAUGGCUCCAGAUGUGCAGUUUGUGGACGGGAAGGCCACCGUGAAGCUGGUUGCCGCUAUAAAAAUUUCACGUGCAGCAAGUGUGGGUGCGUGGGGCAUCUAAGGCGGGUGUGCCCGUCUUGGGACGCAGCUAGCGGCCAGGGUGCUACCAGGGGGCGCAGCUCGGGCGGCGCCAGGCGCGGCGCGGGCGCGGGCGGUCGCGGCUCUCGGCGCGCCUUUCACCACGUCCAGGCGGCACAAAAUGAGACUCCAGGGGCCGACGAGGACAAUUCGUCGGAAACUGAUUUUGAAGAAAAUUUGCAUCAUCUCUGCUUGAACGACUACAGUGCGGUAUAAGGAGCUAUUCAGCGGCGGGUUGGGGCGGUUUACGGGCGGCAAGGCGACUCUUCGCGUGAAGGAGGGCGCGGCACCGGUGUACUGUCGCGCGCGGCCGCUGCCGUACGCGCUGCGCGACCGGGUGGAC